AUGAGCUCGACAUCAGAUCUCAAGCUGCCACCUUUGCUGCUCAGCCGCAACGUCGACCCCUCCUCUCUGCCAGGGUCGACGGAGCUCUUGAGCGGUUCCAGGCCCGCAUCUCGGAGCGACCCCCUCUUCAAUCCAUCUGCAAAGCCCACGUUGCCGCCACUUGGUACUAGGGCGAGCACCCCGAGCAGUAGCGGUAGCGUAUUGUGUAAGCCAGAAGCCAUUGAGCCGCAAGUGUCUGGACCGAAAUCAAACGCUUCCCCUCGAGCUGGCUCCAGACCAAUCAUGCAGGGGCGUCGUUUGGCCAGCACAAGAAACAAGACCCAAAUAAUACUGCAAAUCGCCCAACUCAUACCCAAGCAGAGCGGGCGCCUCACUCGCCUAGAUCCGUGGACGAGCGAAUGCUUGUGCGAGGACCUCACGGUGUCAAGUCAGAUCCGCGAGAUCGCCCCUCGACUUUUGACGAAGCCUCUGCUCGACGUGUUCUGGAUGCGCACAGCCAUGCAGAGGCACUGGCCUCGCGCACCGAAGAAGAUGUCUCCAUGGCCGAUGUCUCUGAUCGACCUCUGCGCGAUCGCUUUGCCACGGCUCCACAAAUACCGCUCCGUCGCUACGACUUGGGUGCACGCACUGCUGACCGCUUGGAAGAGAUCAUUGAGCACGCCAACCGUCUGAUCCACGCGGCUCAGCACUCGCUUGAUGCGUCAAGCGAGCCGACUAAAGCGCAAGCACACGCAAUGUCUAAUCACUCGACGAGAAUACACGAUCUUAUCAGAUCCUUGCACGUAGGACAACAGCUGUACGACGAUCGCGGAGCGCAGCAUGUGGCUCUCCACCAUCAAGAGCGCGCAGAACGCGAUGGUGAGCCAGAGACCGCUAGUGCAAGGGACGGACGAGCAGGUCAGAAGCCUCUUGCUGACUCUCGCACCGCCUCGCAACGCCGCACCGUGAAUAUUCCAGCACCAACAACGAGCGGCACAUUUGGAAUGCACGACAGACAUGGGCCAAGGUUGGUCUCGAUCGAUCACGACGACCACAUUGGAGCCCAGAAGAGGCAAGGAGCAGGUGCCCCUGUGAUCAGCUCUGCGCCAAAGUCCGCGCUGCCACCUCCUGGGCGCGCCCUCGCGACGCCACGGUCGCCUCCACCUUUCCGACCUCCGCAAGGAAGCAUCUGGGAUUCGCGACCCCGGAAAUCAGACGGGCAGGUCAAUGAGCCACCAGUCCCCCCAGCUAACGGCAAAGGAGAUGCAAAGGCUGAGGAGUGGCUCGCAGCGCAGCGUGCAGGGCACCCGCAAGAGCCAGCGAUGUCACGCCGCCAAAGCCCCUUUGCAGAUCGUUGGCUGGAUGCUCGUGUUCUACCUGAGAUGGCUGGCUCUCGUCUCGUCCAUCCGCAUGAAGAGCCACGUCUUGUCAAUGCACAUGCAAGAGGCGUGCCGGACGGUCACCAAAGGAGCCACACGAGCUACGAUGACUACCCUCCACGCGCCGUUGUGCACGGGGCGCAUCCGGCUUACGGCUUGCACGGCCGAGGCGAUGAUGCCAGGCCAGCGCUGCCUCACGAAGCGCAUUCAGGCGCGUCAUCCUUCGCCCCUGAUCAUUACAACGACCACUAUGGUCGACACGCGGAGUACCUCGAUGCAGGUGCUCAUAGACAUCCGUCAGCUGCUGGCUACCCGUCCCACAAGCCCGAGGAAAUUGGACCCGAAUCAGCUCUUCAGCGCAUGCCGGCUCAAGGUCAGGAGCCGAGCGCAAAGUACCGCAAACGAAGCCGCGCUGCCGCUCCCGCCCUUUGCGGCUGCUGCUUUAUCGUCGACACGCCAGAAUGGAGAAGAGGGCCGGAUGGCCCUCGGACUGUGUGCAAUGCUUGCGGGUUGCAUUAUGCCAAACUCGCAAAGAAACGCCAGCAGGAAGCGCCAGACGGACCUGGAAUCACGAUACAAGAGUUGCGAGCAUCCAUCCGAGUACCUUCCAUGGAGGUCAUCAGCCAUCACGGCUCCGAAUCUGGUGGCGAUGACCAUCACCUGCGCAUGCUCGAGGCGGACAAAAGCAAAGGGCAAUAUAUUCAAGCGCCACCUCAGAUGCAUCAGAUGAAGGAGGAGGCGCCGAAUUACUCCGCUCAUCACGACGUCGAGCACUUUGGAGGUCCCGCGCCAAAACGGAGAGCUUUGUCCCCUCCUCAAAAUGGCAUGAUCAAACCUCGAAGCCCGCAGCCUGCUCGAUGGACGGCAGAAGACGAAGCCCGCCGACCGCACAGCGCUUAUUCCAACGGCUCUUCCACGUCGCUCGAUAGUCGAAGUCACGCCAGUGGCCUCUCGAGAGACUCGGCACGUCGGCCUUUGCCGGUGGCACAAUCGCCAGUUCGACGCGCUGCAUAGGCCGUGUCUCGACGCGUUCGCGCCACCCACGCGAUCACCAAACGCAAAAUACAGCUCGUGUCUUUUUCGCGCAGCGCACACCCCUCAUCCUACUUUCUCGUUUUAGAGGCCGAAAAGCAAACUUUGGGAUAUUGUAAACUUCUCUGGGAGACUCUCCUGUACUCUUGUUGCCUUUCGCCCGUUUGACCAGCAGCUCGUGAUAAUACCGUGCUGGUGCUGCUGUCCAUCCCAUACACGUCUUUGCUGCCACCCCGCUUCACCUCGAUUUGGUCCUAUUGUAAUAAUCUGGCAAAAUACAUCGUUCACCUGCUACG